UGCGGCAUUCGCUCUCUACGCGGCGGCCGCAGAGCCCGCUUGUCGUAUCCCUCCGCGGGCAGAGGAAGUGCUCGUAGACCAAUCACGUUUGUGUUUACACCGACACCUGUCAAACACUUUCUGCUAUAUUUCUCUCUGAAAGGAGCUGAAACACACACUCACACUGAAGCGCCUUCGGUAGCCGCUAACUGGACGGACUCUCUGGCAAUUGACCUUUUGCAGUGGAAAAGUGGAAUAAGUCUUAAACCAUGAGCUCAGUGGCUGUGUUGACCCCGGAGAGCUUUGCCGAACAUCGCAGUGGUCUCAAAGACCAGGAGAUAACAGGUUGCGUCCCGGAGGAUGAGGCCUACAUUCCCACCUAUCUGGAGGCCUUCCCUCCGCUGCCGGAGAAAGGGACUCCGGGGGAAAAAACCGGGGAGCCAGCAUCGGCAUGGGGGAGCAAGAUCCGCCCCAUCAAGGCCUCUGUUAUCACCCAGGUGUUCCACGUCCCCCUGGAGGAGCGGCGUUAUAAGGACAACAGCCAGUUUGGGGAAGGAGAGGAAGCCAAGGUGUGUCUGGACAUCAUGCAGAGGACUGGAGCGCACAUUGAGCUGUCCCUGGCUAAGGACCAGGGCUUAUCCAUCAUGGUUACCGGCAAACUGGAUUCAGUUAUGAAAGCUCGCAAGGAAAUCGUGGCCCGUCUGCAGACGCAGGCGUCAGCUACGGUCGCCAUUCCCAAGGAGCACCACCGUUUUGUAAUCGGUAAGAAUGGUGAGAAGCUGCAGGAGCUGGAGCUGAAGACCGCCACCAAGAUCGCUAUUCCACGACCCGACGACCCCAGCGCCAACAUCCGCAUCACCGGCACCAAGGAGGGCAUCGAGAAGGCUCGCCAUGAGAUCCUGCUGAUCUCAGCAGAGCAGGACAAGCGCGCCGUGGAACGUCUUUCUCUAGAGAAAGCUUUCCACCCCUUCAUCGCCGGCGCCCACAACAGGCUGGUGCAGGAGCUGAGCCAGGAGACAGGCGCCCGCAUCAGCAUCCCACCACCGAGCCUGCCUAAGGACGAGAUCGUCAUCACCGGAGAGAAGGAGGCCGUCGCUCUGGCUGUCAACCGCAUCCGAGCCAUCUAUGAAGACAAGAAGAGGAAGACCACGACCAUCUCUGUGGAGGUGAAGAAGUCCCAGCACAAGUACAUCAUCGGUCCAAAGGGCAACACUCUGCAGGAGAUCCUGGAGACCACCGGGGUGUCGGUGGAGAUGCCUCCUCUGGACUCUGCUUCAGAGACCAUCAUCCUCAGAGGGGAGCCCGACAAACUGGGACCGGCCCUUACACAGGUCUACGCCAAGGCUAAGAGUGUGAUGGUGGUGGAGGUCAGCGCUCCAGCUUGGCUCCAUCGCUUCAUCAUCGGAAAGAAAGGGCAGAACAUCGGACGCAUCACGCAGCAGCUACCGCGGGUUCACAUCGAGUUCACAGACGGCGAGGAGAGAAUCAGUCUGGAGGGGCCGACAGAGGAGGUGGAGCAGGCUCAGGCUCAGAUACAAGAGAUCAUCAAGGACCUGCUGGUGAGGAUGGACUAUACUGAGGUCAACAUCGAUCAGCGCUUCCACAGACACCUCAUUGGAAAGAACGGAGCAAACAUCAAUCGGAUCAAGGAGCAGUACAAAGUUUCGGUGAGAAUCCCACAGGACUCUGAGAGGAGCAACCUGGUUCGCAUCGAAGGAGACCCCAAAGGAGUGCAGCUGGCGCGCAGGGAGCUCAUCGAGAUGGUCCAGAGGAUGGAAAAUGAGCGCACCAAAGACAUGAUAGUGGAGCAGAGAUUUCAUCGGACAAUCAUUGGACAGAAAGGGGAGAAGAUCAAGGAGGUUCGGGAUAAGUUUCCUGAGGUCAUUAUAACGUUUCCCGACCCAUCGCAGAAAAGCGACAUUGUCCAACUGAGAGGGCCGAAGAACGAGGUGGAGAAAUGUGCUAAAUUCCUUCAGAAAAUCAUUGCAGACCUGAUUGAGAACAGCUUCUCGCUUUCCGUCCCCAUCUUCAAGCAGUUUCACAAGAACAUCAUUGGAAAGGGCGGCGCCAACAUCAAAAAGAUCCGCGAGGAAACCAACACUAAGAUCGACCUGCCGACGGAGAACAGCAACUCUGAGAUGAUCAUCAUCACGGGGAAGAAGAGUAACUGUGAGGCUGCCAGAGAUCGAGUCCUGGCCAUCCAGAGAGACCUGGCCAACAUUAAGGAGACAGAGGUCACCAUCCCAGCCAAGCUGCACAACUCUCUGAUUGGUUCCAAAGGCUGCCUGGUGCGCUCCAUCAUGGAGGACUGCGGUGGCGUCCACAUCCACUUCCCCUCCGAGGGCUCCGGCUCAGACAAGGUCACCAUCAGGGGGCCAGCUGGCGAAGUGGAGAAGGCCAAGAAACAGCUGCUGCAGCUGGCGGAGGAGAAGCAAGUGAACAACUUCACCGUCGAUCUUCAAGCCAAGCCAGAGUACCACAAGUUCCUGAUUGGAAGAGGCGGAGCCAACAUCCGCCGUGUCCGGGACAAGACAGGGGCCAGGAUCAUCUUCCCGUCGCCUGACGACUCUGAGCAGGAGCUGAUCACCAUCGUUGGGAAGGAGGAGGCUGUACGCCAGGCCCAGAGAGAGCUGGAAAUCCUGGUCAAAAACCUGGAUGACGUGGUGGAGGACAGCAUGGAGGUGGACGUUCGGCACCAUCGCCACUUUGUUUGUCGCCGCGGUCAGGUCCUGAGGGAGCUGGCGGAGGAGUAUGGUGGCGUAGCUGUCAGCUUCCCGCGCACUGGAUCGAACAGCCAGAAGGUCACUCUAAAGGGAGCGAAGGACUGUGUGGAGGCGGCAAAGAAGCGCAUACAGGAGAUCAUCGAGGACCUGGAGUCGCAGGUGAGCGUGGAGGUGGCCGUCCCCCAGCGACACCACCGCGCCAUCAUGGGGCCCAAAGGCAGCCGCAUCCAGCACAUCACCAGGGAACAUGAAGUCCAAAUCAAGUUCCCCGAGAGAGACGACAGCGCUGCAGGUCAGGACAACUUGCCGCAGGAGAACGGUGACGUCAGCCCAGAGGCGGAGUUUGUCCCUCGCAAGUGUGACAUCAUCACGAUCUCUGGACGGGCAGAGAGGUGUGAGCUGGCCAAAGCAGCGCUGCUGGCGUUGGUACCCAUAACGGAGGAUGUGGAAGUGUCUUACGACUUGCACCGCUACAUCAUCGGCCAGAAAGGCAGUGGAAUCAGGAAGCUGAUGGAGGAAUAUGAGGUUAACAUCUGGGUGCCGCAGCCUGAAAAACAGCUGGACGUGAUCAAGGUGACGGGCCUGGCUGCCAACGUGGAGCGUGCCAAACUGGGCCUCCUGGAGAGGGUCAAAGAGCUUCAGGCUGAGCAGGAGGACAGGGCCCUGCGCAGUUUUAAGGUCACCAUGUCUGUAGAUCCUAAGUUUCAUCCCAAGAUCAUCGGGCGGAAAGGGGCGGUCAUCUCUCAGAUCAGGAAGGACCAUGACGUCAGCAUCCAGUUCCCAGACAAAGGAGACGAGCAGCAGGAUCUGAUCGUGAUCUCCGGGUACGAGCGGAACGUGGAGGAGGCCCGCCAGGCCAUUCAGCAGCUGGUGUCAGAGCUGCAGGAGAUGGUGAGCCAGGACGUACAUCUUGAUCCAAGGACUCACGCCCGCAUCAUUGGCGCCCGCGGAAAAGCCAUCCGCAAGCUGAUGGAGGAGUUUAAGGUGGAUAUCCGGUUCCCUCAGCCAGGCUCUGAUGAGCCCGACAAGGUGACGGUUACAGGCCUUCCUGACUCUGUGGACGCAGCCAUAGAUCACCUCCUCAAUCUGGAGGAGGAAUAUCUACUCAGUGUGACAGAGACAGAGACCUUGGCGGCGUACAUGAAGCCUCCGUCUCGCUAUGGAGGAGGAGGCGGAGCAGGAGGACUGGACGACGGCAGCGGGGGUCCGGCUAAGGGCUUUGUGGUGCGGGACGCCCCCUGGAACGCAGCAGGGAACAAGGCUCCUGAUAUGAGCAGCGCUGAGGAUUUCCCCACGUUCGGCUCCGGUGUGGCCCCGAAGCAAACGUCCGCUUGGGGACCCAAGAAAUUCUGAAGAAAAAAAAAAAGACGACAAGACAACCUUUGUACAGUAGAGUAGGAGAGGCGGAAUACAUUUUAAGUCCACUUGCUGCUCGCCUUUUCCCCUUUUUACUCCUCAUCUCUCUAGUGUCUCCCCCUCUCUCAACCAGCCAGAGUGAAUUCUGGGAGAGUGAGUCCUAUUUGUCUCCCUUACUGUAGUUCAUUCCACUGCUCCGUCCUUGAAAACAAGGAGGGGGGAUAAAUACUGUCGUCAUAAUUUAGCUUACCUUAAACAUUUCACAGACAGUAAUACUCUGCUCCCUCUAAGACCGCCAAAUACCCCCCCACCCGCUGAAAUCCUGUUUCAGAUCCUCAGAGAGAAGAGGUUACCUCACACUUCCUAAGCAGGACCUUUUUCAGGAAUUUGAGCACUUCAUCCUGUUAAAAAGGUUAAAUGUUGGAUUUUUAACCUUAAAUCUAGAGUAAAAGGAAGUCUGUUUUUUAGCGUGGAAAAAGUUUUUAACCUAAAAAUGUUUUCAUUUUUCUUUUUUCUAUAGUUUGUAACUUGCUGAAUAAUGUGCUGCAGCCAGUGAAGCCCCUGUCAUACCUUAACGAUUUAGCCAGCGUAUGCCUGACGUCCCAGACUCUUCUUAAAUGCUAGCAUAUGCUGAACUUUCUAAGUAUUUUUUUACAUUUUGGGCGUAUACAUAGAGUAUUCAUAACAAGUCCAGAUCUUAUGUCCAACGACAGCCUAACUUAUGCAUAACGCACAGCAGCGUAAUGCCCAUGAAAUGUCACAAGCCAGCGUCCUAAGGGGGGCAGCGAUUCGCCAGAUGCGCCCGGCCUGCAUAAAAUGUCUUUUGAUUGCGGGAUUAAUCUAGCUGUAGUUUAAAGCUCGCCAAAACAAUAAAUACAUAAAAAGAAAAAAGAAAUAAAGGUUUGAAUUUGCAGGAGAUUCAGCUGCAUGCCUGCUAGGAAGUUUUUUGGUCAUGAGCGUGACCGCAGGGAGGAUUCAUCACCUUCAGGCUCACCUUAUGAUGGGGAUAAAGUCUGGAGAAGUACAGAUGGUUUCCCCCUGUGAACCCCUUUUAUACCACAACACUGCUAAUACGCCAUUAUAGAGUAGCUGUAAGUCAGAAACACGUUCAGUGGUCGUCUGGAACAUGUCAGAUAUGUUGACAUGCGUUGGAGAUAAGUUAUGCAUAAGUUAUGCAUAAGUUAUGCACAAUUACUCAUAGGUUUUUAAUAAGCUAGACUCCACACAUUAUGAGCAACUUACACUUAACUUGUGUCAACGAUCAGAUAACUUACCUGUAACUUAUGGACCACGUAUGAGCAUACGCUGGCAUCCGUCAAGACAACCAGUUUUGUUGUUCCUCAGCGUACCUGUGCUAGCGUCUUUCAGCGUGCUCAUAAUUUAUAUAAAAAGGUACCCAUAACCACCUAUAUCAGCAGAUUCUUCAUACAUCAGGCACACGCUGUCUAAAUCGUCAAGGUGUGACAGCAGCUUAAGGCUGUGAGGUCCAUGUAUGUUUUGGUAAUUUGGUUUUCCCAUCAGAAACCACCAGUAAGAAACAGAAAUCUUUAUAUAGACAUACGGAGUUAAUAUUUAGUUAUCUUCUUAUCUGAAAAAUGAAUAAAAGGUCAAAUAUAAACACUUGAAAUGAU